GUUGUGCCUGGCUAGUAAUUACAUGAAGAUGGCAGCCGCUGGCUUCGUUGCGAUUCUUGCCAUUUGUUUGGCUUUAGCACCUUCAUUUUCCUAUGCUUACGAUGACGCUCCUUUACAGGAUUUCUGCGUUGCUGUGCCUGAUGCAUCUGCAGCUGUGUUCGUGAAUGGAAAGAUCUGCAAGAACCCAAAACAGGUAACUAGUGACGACUUCGUCGGAACGGGCUUUAAUGUUCCUGUAGACACCAACAACUCUCUUGGAUCUGGAUUUAAGCUGGUUGACGUUAACGUAGUGCCCGGCCUUAACACUCUCGGUCUCAGUCUACUUCGUGUAGACUUUGCACCAGGUGGUGUCAUACCUCCUCACACGCAUCCUCGUGCUACUGAGGCCGUCGUAGUAAUCGAGGGCACCAUCUAUGCUGGUUUUGUCACCUCCAAUCCAGCUGAUAACACGAAAAAUAGGUUAUAUGCUAAGAUUUUGAAACCAGGAGACAUCUUCGUCUUCCCGAUUGGCCUAGUUCAUUUUCUAAGAAAUGUGGGGAAAACAAAGGCGAUGGGGAUUGUGGCUUUCAAUAGCCAAAACCCUGGUACCAUCACAAUUGCAAAUGCAGUUUUCGGGACAGAGCCACUUAUUUCUCCUGAAGUUCUAACUAAAUCAUUUCAGCUGGACAAGAAGGUGAUCGAGUCCCUCCAGUCAAAGUUCUAGUGGAGACAUGUUUUUGUCAUCGUCGGAGGACAAUCCUUUGUGUUUUGUUCCCCAUCCAAAUUAGACUAAUGCUGGAUGUGUAAUUUAUAAAAUUUUUUUUUAGAGUUCAACGUCUGUAUUUCAAUGAAGUUUCUUGUAUUCUGUGCUUGAAGGAUACAAGAUAGGAGCUAAACCUAGUGUUAAGUUGUUUGUAAAAUUUUAAAUUUGUAGGAAAAAGUUUAUGCAAUUCAUGUUAUUUCA